UUGAGAGGAUUUUCCAGUCUCCUUCUGGUGGCUGGUCCAAAAGGAUGGUUCAGUUCCUGCAGCUCACCUGCCUCUUCAUCACCAUUACACCGAUGUCACCAAUGGCCCUAGAUCCUUGUUCUGCUUACAUCAGUCUGAAUGAGCCCUGGAGGAACACUGACCACCAAUUUGAUGAGUCUCAAGGUCCCCCUCUUUGUGACAAUCAUGUGGAUGGGGAGUGGUACCGCUUCACAGGCAUGGCAGGGGAUGCCAUGCCCACCUUCUGCAUACCAGAAAACCGCUGUGGAACCCACGCACCUGUCUGGCUCAAUGGCAGCCACCCUCUAGAAGGUGACGGCAUUGUGCAACGUCAGGCCUGUGCAAGCUUCAACGGGAACUGCUGCCUCUGGAACACCACCGUGGAGGUCAAGGCUUGCCCUGGAGGCUACCAUGUGUAUCAUCUGACCAAGCCCAGUGUCUGCUUUCAUGUAUACUGUGGUCAUUUUUAUGACAUCUGCGAUGAGGACUGCCACGGCAGCUGCUUGGAUACCCGCGAGUGCACAUGCUCUCCAGGAACCGUGCUAGGCCCUGACAGGCAGACAUGCUUUGAUGAAAAUGAAUGUGAGCAAAACAAUGGUGGCUGCAGUGAGAUCUGCAUAAACCUCAAAAAUUCACAUCGCUGUGAGUGUGGGGUUGGUCGUGUGCUAAGAAGUGAUGGCAAGACAUGUGAAGACAUUGAAGGAUGCCACAAUGACAAUGGCGGCUGCAGCCAUUCUUGCCUUGGGUCUGAGAACGGCUAUCAUUGUGAAUGUCCCCGGGGCUUGGUGCUGUCUGAGGAUAACCACACUUGCCAAGCCCCCGGCAGCCACCAUUCUACUUUAUAUUUCUAUGAAGUAACUACUUUAGAUAUCUCAGUCCCUGUGUUGUGUAAGUCAGACACCAUUGAAGUGAGCAUCCCCAGAGACCUGGUUGGCGGCCUGGAGCUCUUCCUAACCAACACAUCCUGCCGAGGAGUGUCCAAUGGCACCCACGUCAACAUCCUCUUCUCCCUCAAGACAUGUGGCACAGUGGUUGAUGUGGUGAAUGACAAGAUUGUGGCCAGCAACCUUGUGACAGGUCUCCCCAAGCAGACCCCAGGGAGCAGUGGGGAUAUCAUCAUCCGAACCAGCAAACUGCUGAUCCCAGUGACCUGUGAGUUUCCGCGCCUGUACACCAUCUCUGAGGGAUAUGUUCCCAACCUUCGCAAUACCCCACUGGAGAUCAGGAGCCGUAGCCAUGGAACCUUCCCCUUCACUCUGGAGAUCUUCAAGGACAAUGAAUUUGAAGAGCCUUAUCGGGAAGCUUUGCCCACCCUCAAGCUUCGAGACUCCCUCUAUUUUGGCAUUGAGCCCCUGGUGCAUGUGAAUGGUCUAGAAAGCCUGGUGGAGAGCUGCUUUGCCACCCCCACUUCCAAGAUCGAUGAGAUCCUGAAGUACUACCUCAUCCGGGAUGGCUGUGUUUCAGAUGACUCAGUAAAGCAGUACACAUCACGGGAUCACCUGGCAAAGCACUUCCAGGUCCCUGUCUUCAAGUUUGUGGGCAAAGACCACAAGGUAAGCUGAGCAAUUCUACUUUGUAUACCCUCAUCCCCACCCAGACCUGAGCCUUCUUUCUUCAUGUCCCAAUUUGUUGACAUUCUACUAGCCGACAAUUAGGAUCUUUAUUACCUCUACAAAAAAUAUUGUAAAACUGAUCAUCUAGAGUUUAACACCUUUAUGAAUAUCAUAGUUACCUGCUCCUGCAAAUAAAAUAACUGUGCUUGUUCGAAGAAAAUACUGUAUGAUCAUAAUUAUAAAUCCUUGUUUGCAGUUAUGGUUGAAAAAGCCUCUUUAUGGUGGUCACAUAGCAAAGGAUUUGGACAGGAAAUCACAUAAAAGACAUAUAGUGAAAUAUUCAGUGAAAAUAGUACUUAAAAUGCCAAUUAUAAGGCACGGUUUUAUACAUAUUAAUUUAUAAAAAUUAUAAAUCAACACUGCACAGCUAUAGGGAGUUACAUGGUAGCAGUAUAAAUGGGUACAUUUUCUGGAAAGUUGUCUGAUAAAUAUGUAAUAAUAACCAUAAAAUAAACAUAUUCUUUUAUCUAAAAAUUCCAAUUCUGACAGUUUCUCAAAAACCAACAAGCAAAGAAAAACAAGAUUUGCCGGGCAUGUUUAUAGAGCAUUGUUAUAAGGGGAGCAAAAUGAAGCCCCCAAACAAACAGGGUACAGUGUAUCAGUUAAUGCAAUAUUAAGCUGUUAUUAAAAUAAAUAUAGAAAAAGAUAUGAAAAAACUGUUGUCAUAAUAAUUUACAAGUAUACCGAAUAUGCUACAUUUUUAAAAACCAUACAUACAUACAUAGAGGCUAUAAAAAGCUAUAUACAGUACAUUAAGGUAGAAGGUUUUUGCUUUUUGUUUUAAAAGAGUCAUUGAAACAUUUAAACAAAAGGAAGUUUAAGAGACCAACAACUUUUCCACACUGCAUUUAAGCAUAUUGCGUCCUCUCCAGCUACAUCACUGUUCAGAACAAUCGCCAACUGUGACGACUAAUCUUUCCUCAACUAGUCAGUAUGCUUUCAGAAGUUACUUACAGGAAGAAGCUUCGAGAAAGAGCUUUAUUUUACCCAAAAAUGCAUGGGAGUGGAUGUAUUCCCAGACCUUG